CACGUCAUCAUUACACAACACUUUCACAAUUUUUAUCAAUGAGUUGUGUUGGUGUGUAACAUAUACAUACAAAUGGUGAUCAGCUGGUCUGUUGGUCACUUCUUGGCACUUGUUGUUGAUCAAUUUACUCUGUAAAUCAUUGUUGAAUCAUCAAGUCUUCUCAACAAUUAAAAAAUAAUUCAAUUUAUCUUGUUGACGUGAGCAAGACAAUUUAUUUAUAAAAUAAAAAUGAGAGUUGCAAUUAUUGGAGCUGGUGUUGCUGGGCUGAGUGCAUUAAAAAGAUGUAUAGAAAAUAAAGAUUCACCAACAGCUAGCAAUAAAAUAACAGAUGUUGUUUGUUAUGAAAAAAAUAAUGAAGCUGGAGGUAUUUGGGUAUACACUGAUGAGACUGGCAUUGAUAAAUAUGGAUUGCCAGUUCAUUCAAGCAUGUAUAAAAAUUUGAGAACUAAUUUACCAAAAGAAGUCAUGAGUUAUCCAGGUUUUAAAAAUGACAUUGAUCCAAAUCAAAGUUAUGUAACACGUUCAGCGAUUUUGGAUUAUCUAGACAGCUAUUGUAAACAAUUUAAUCUUCAUCAAUACAUCAAAUUUUUGCAUAAUGUUGAGAUGAUUGAACCAACUGUUGAUGAAGACAAAAAAAAAUGGUUGAUUAAAGUAAAAGAUUUAGUUAAUGGAGUUGAAAAAGUUGAAUAUUUCGAUGCUGUUAUGGUAUGUAAUGGUCAUUACUUUGAGCCAAGUAUUCCUGUAAUUAAAGGACAAGAAAAAUUUCAAGGACAACAAGUUCAUAGCCAUGAUUAUCGUGUACCAGAAGCAUAUGAAGGAAAAAAAGUUGUUGUUAUGGGUGCUGGAAGAUCAGGAAUUGAUAUAGCUGUUGAAAUUGCAAGCAAAGCGAGCCAAGUUUUUUUGAGUCAUCAUAAUGUCAAGUUAAUCAAUACAAUAUUUCCAGAUAAUAUUAUUCAAGUACCAGAUAUUGUUGAGAUCAAUGAAACCGAGAUAAUAUUUUCAAAUGGACAACGUGAAAAUGUUGAUGUUAUUUGUUGGUGCACUGGAUACAAAUAUGCUUUUCCAUUUUUAUCAGACAAAUGUGGUGUAAAAGUAGAUGACAACAUGGUAACACCACUUUGGAAACACAUGAUAUCAAUUGAAAAUCCAACACUUGCUAUUAUUGGUGUACCUUUUUAUGUUUGUGCUUUUAACAUGUGUGAUCUUCAAGUUAGAUUUGUUCUUAAAUAUUGGCUUGGUGAUAAGCAAUUUCCAGCCAAAGAUAUCAUGAUAUCAGAAGAAGCUGAUGAACUUGAAAGGAAAAAAAACGAAGGGCUAUCAAAACGACAUUUUCAUCGAAUGGGUCUAGCACAAUCAAAUUAUUAUGAUGAUCUAGCUAAAGUUGCUGGAGUUGAACAACUUCCACCUGUACUUGGUAAAAUGCAUGCUGACAGUGGCAAAAGAUUUCUUGAAGAUUUAUCAAAUUAUCGACAAGAUAGAUACCAAGUUGUUGAUGAUUUUAAUUUUAUCAAAUUGUAAUUAUCAAUAAUAAUUAAUGCAUAAAAUAUAUUUUGUACAAAUAAAAUAUAAUUCAAUAA